AUGAAUAACGAAUACGAUUACUUGUUUAAGUUGUUGUUGAUCGGCGAUUCCGGUGUCGGAAAGUCGUGUUUGUUGUUGCGUUUCGCCGACAACACCUACACCCAGGACUACAUCUCCACCAUUGGUGUGGACUUCAAGAUCAGAACCAUUGAACUCGAUGGUAAGACGAUCAAAUUGCAAAUUUGGGAUACCGCCGGCCAGGAGAGAUUCAGAACCAUCACGUCCUCCUACUAUCGUGGUGCCCAUGGUAUCAUCGUUGUGUACGACGUUACCGAGCAGGAAUCUUUCAACAACGUCAAGCAGUGGUUACAGGAGAUUGACCGUUAUGCCACCGGUGGCGUCAUGAAGUUGUUGGUUGGUAACAAGGCUGACUUGUCUGACAAGAAGGUAGUGGAGUACACCGCCGCCAAGGAGUUUGCCGAGGCUUUGGACAUUCCUUUCUUGGAGACUUCGGCUUUGUCGUCGUCUAACGUGGAGCAGGCGUUCUACACUAUGGCUAGACAGAUCAAGGCUCAGAUGACCAGCAACGCAGGUGCUGGCAAUGCAUCGGCAACCAAUGCGAAGACCAACGUGAAUUUGCGUGGCCAGUCCUUGACUUCUAAGCAGAACAACUCGUGUUGUUAA